AUGGAAGACUCACUUCCCAACCGCUCAGGAGGAUCCAGCACCCCUCCACCUGACAUGGAACCUAAAACGCCAAUACGAACCGUGCGGGUACCUCAAAUUCAGGCCCUACCACAGGGUGUACCCCCUCCCCCGACAGCGCUCGAGACAGAAGACUACUACGGUCUCUGGCGCAACACACCCCGACUCAUCGCGCGAUCAAACUACCCCGAUGACCAAUGGUCGGGCCUAUGCAACAACUGGUCGCAAGUAGAAGAUUCUCAUCCAUUGAAAGUUCUCUGGUCAGAUCCUGAGGGAAUUCUCCAAAAGGAGCUAACCGGUGCGCUGGAGUAUACACAGUGGAACUGCUUUGAGACCUAUAGCAUCGGAAGUGCACUGCAAGAAAAUCAAGUGAAGCUCCUGAUUAUAGUCGAGGCUGGAUCUACGAGUUGGUAUCAUGCCUGGAUUGUCACGAGGGUGUGUAGGAAUAUCUUGAAGAGUUAUGAUAUCAUGGAUGUCGAGGUUGAGGUCCAGGAGUGUACUGGUUGUUGGGCUAUCAUGCGGAUACGGGAGUCGGUGGGACCUGGGGUGACUGUACAAGAUUGUCCCAUUUGUCAUUGA